UGUUUGUCCUCUGCGUUCCCGGCACGAGGCUGGCACUCUGCUCCGUGAGUCUCGUGAGCGCAGCGGCCCUCCUCGGCCCGUCGCUCUGCAUCCAAGAGCUGAACCGCUUCCCUUCACCCCCUGUUACGUUUUCUGUGGAUUUAAUGGUUUUUCUGUGUUAAAAACCCGUUGAUUUUUCGGGGGGUUUUGGUGGAAGAACCAGCGUGGAGAUAAUCCUCCGGAGUGGAUUUAUAGUUCAGAAAAGGUCCUCGACUGUCUUCCAAAAUGGCCCCUGUGAAAUGCUGGGUAGUAGGGCUCCUGCUGGUCCUCCUGUGCCCAGCGCAGGGCCCGCUGUCUGGGGCCGUGAGCGCCCAGGACGGGGCCGGGGCCCACGAGGACCUCCGGGCCGGAAACGUGGCAGAAGAGGGAGAAACCACUGAGGGUGCAGGUGAGGAAGAUGAGCAGGUAGCCGAAGAGUCAGAUGAUGAUGAAGAGGAGGAAGAUAAUGAAGAUGAAGAAGAGGAGACGGCUGAGGAAGAGGAGGGGCAAGUAAAGGAAGAGGUUGUUGAGGAGGAGGAAGAAGAGGCUGAAGAUGAGGAAAAAGAAGAAGAGGCUGACGAGGAGGAAGAAGACGAAGAAGAGGCUGAUGAGGAGGAUGCAGAGGAAGACAAGGAAGAGGGCGAGGAGACUGCAAAUGAGGAAGACGAUGAAGAGGGGCAGAUGGUUAUAGAUGAGGAAGACGAUGCUGAAGAAGAGGAAGACGAUGCCGAGGAAGAGGAAGACGAUGAACAGGGGGAGGAGGCUGAAGAAGAGGAAGACGAUGAACAGGGGGAGGAGGUCGCAGAUGAGGAAGAGGAGGAUGAUGCUGAAGAAGUAGAGGAGACCGAUGAGGCAGCAGUGGAGGAAGAAGAGGAGGCUUCUGAAGACGAUAAUGACGCAACUGAAGUAGUUGAGUUAGCUGAAGAAGAUGACGAUGAUGAUGAAGAAGCAACUGAAGCAGAGGAAGAUGACGCAAAGGAAUCGAGCCAAGAGGAGGCUGACAUGCUGCAAUUCCGCUCCGGCUCUUUGUGUAGCGUUUGCUCCAUCUGUGAGUACUGCUCUAAUAACUGUGGCGAAUGCCCGUGUGAAGAGGGAGAGGAGUCCGACCACUGUGAGCACUGCCAAGAAUGCUCAUCCUGCUACAUUUGCCCAAUACUGUGUGACACCAUUUGCACACCAGGUGGCCUUAUUGACGAGCUAACUGGGACCCUCUUUCAGUAA